CUCAGGACUCUGCCCUUCCCCAGAAAAGGACCCUGAAGGAAGAGGAGACAGAGCACAAAGCAAUGGCUUCUGGCGUCCUGACCAGUGGCGGGUCACAGGAACUGGUGACAUUCAAGGAUGUGGCUAUUGACUUCACCUGGGAGGAGUGGGAGCUACUGGACCCUGGUCAGAAGGCCCUGUACAGAGAUGUAAUGCUGGAGAACUAUAGAAACUUGGUCUCCUUGGGACAUCCUGUUUCCAAACCAAAUGUGAUCUUCCAAUUAGAACAAAGUGAAACACCCUGGAUGCUGGAGAGAGAAGCAGCAAGAAGCAUUUUUCCAGGUUGGGAGGCCAGGUAUGAGAUGGAGGAAACAAUUUCAGAGUCUUAUUUUGCUAUGGAAAAAUCAUUCCAAGAAACCUGGCAUGGUCCCUGGAGUUCUAAUUGGGGGGAAUCCUGGGAAUGUGGUGGCAGGUUUAAGAGGCAGCAGGGGAGCCAGGAGAGAAAUUUUAGGCAAGUACCCUUUGUCCACAAGAAAGCUGAUGAGCCAAGAGAUCAAGAAUGUAAUAACUUUGGAAGAAGUUUCUGUUCAGACCCAAUUCUUAUGACACAGCAGAGUGCCAGAAAAAGUCUCCCUAAGUAUGAUUCACAACAACUUUGCUUUGAACAACAUUCUGACCUAAUUCAACUUGAAAGGAUCACCUCAGAGAAAAAGCCUGGUCAACGUGAUGAAUGCUGUAUUCCCUUAAGUUACCCCUCAGACCUUGUUCAGUGUCAUAGAAUACUUAAUGGAGAGAAACCCUAUGCAUAUUAUGAGUUUGGGAAAACUUUCCACCAGAGAGACCUUACCAAAGAUCAGAAAAUCCUUAUUGGUGAGAACCUCCACAUAUAUAAUGAAUGUGGGAAUACCUUCAGUGAUAACUUAACUCUUACUCUACAUCAGAGAAGUCAUACUGGAGAAAAAUUCUGUGAUUGUAAUGCAUGUAGGAAAUCCUUGAGUAACAACUUAUCCCUUCCUUCACAUCAGAGAAUUCAAAUUGGACAGAAAUCCUAUAAAUGUCCUGAAUGUGAGAAAUCAUUCAGUCAGUACACAAGCCUUAUUAGACAUCAAAGAAUUCAUACAGGUGAAAAGCCUUAUAAAUGUAGUGAAUGUGGAAAAGCCUUCAGUCAGUGCACAAACCUGAUCCGACAUCAGAGAGUUCAUACUGGAGAAAAAUUCUUUAGGUGUCACGAAUGUGGGAAGACCUUCAGCAACAGUUCAUCUUGUAGUAUACACCAGAGAAUUCAUACUGGAGAGAAACCCUAUGGGUGUGGUGAUUGUGGACAAUCCUUUAGUCAACAGGGAAGCCUUAUCCAACAUCAAAGAAUUCACACUGGAGAGAAGCCCUUUAAAUGUAAAAAAUGUGGAAAAGCCUUCAGCCAAAAUAUACACCUUACUCAACAUCAGAGACUUCAUAGUGGGGAGAAAAUUUAUAAAUGCAAUGAAUGUGGUAAAGCCUUCAGUAAUAGCUCCACACUUAUUCUACAUAAUAGGAUUCAUACUGGAGAGAAACCUUAUGAAUGUAAUGAAUGUGGAAAAACCUUUAGCCAGUAUACAACUCUUAUUCAACAUCAGAGAAUUCAUACUGGAGAGAAACCCUAUAAAUGUAAUGUGUGUGAAAAAACCUUCAGCCAGAGCACCAGCCUUAUUCGUCAUCAGAAAAUUCAUACUGGAGAGAAACUAUGCAUAUGCCAUGAAUGUGGACAAGCCUUCAGUCAGCAGGGAAGUCUUACUAAACAUCAGAGAAUUCAUACUGGAGAGAGGCCCUAUAAAUGUAAUGAAUGUGGAAAAGCUUUCACCCAGAGUAUGAACCUUACACGACAUCAAAGAAUUCACACUGGAGAAAAGUUAUAUAAAUGUAAUGAAUGUGGAAAAGCUUUCAGUAAUGGCUCAUCUCUUACUCAGCAUGAAAGGAUUCAUACUGGAGAAAAACCAUAUAAUUGUAGUGAAUGUGGUAAGGCCUUCAGCAAUAGCUCGUCAGUUACUCAACAUGAAAGAAUUCAUACUGGAGAGAAACCCUAUAAAUGUAAUGAAUGUGGGAAAGCCUUCACUCAUAGUAUGAAUCUUACUCGACAUCAGAGAACUCAUACUGGAGAGAAACCAUAUCACUGUAAUGAGUGUGGGAAAUCUUUCAGCCAGAAUAUGAACCUUACACGACAUCAAAGAAUCCAUACUGGUGAGAAACCCUACAAAUGUAAUCAAUGUGACAGAGCUUUCAACCAAAGCACGUCUCUUGCUGAGCAUCAGAAAACACAUAGGAAAGAAGCUGGGAAAUAUAAUAAAUGUAACAGGGCUUUUAGCUGAAGCCAAUACUAUCAAGGAAUGUGUGGAGGAGUCUUUUAUUUUUAGUGGAAAAAAAGCUCAUUAAUCAUCAUGAAUGUGGAAGUCUUACCAAACAGCAGAGUUUAUCUAGUGAGAAGUCCUAUAAAUGCAGUGGAAGUGAGAAGAUCUUCAGUAAUGGUUCAGUCCUCAACGGAUGUUAGAGCCUGAGAACAGAAAGUCUCUCUGGCCACGGGCAAAUUCUCAUCCUCACUUUUCCUUUACUGCUUUUGGUGAACCUGUGGUCUCACUGACAGAAACAUUCCUUCCAUCUCUUUGGAUUGCUGCCCAUUCAUGCCCUCUCAUAGUUGGUAAUUUUCAUUUAUGUCAUCCCCUAGUGGCCCCAGCCUACCCCACCUAGAGCAUCCAUCUUCUAUGUUGGAGGCCUUCCUCUUGUUCCUUACAUUUUGUAAGUUCCUACGGAGUGUCUAUCUGUUAUCUUUCGCUCUUAUCACAUGAGUUGCCCUUGCCCCUCCCCCCCCAGUUUCUGGCCAUAUGUCCCCUUAGUGAUAUCCUUUAUACCAUUGCUUGAGCAUAGCUCAUCACUGAAAAUAUAUUACAACUUAUUUAGAACCACCUUCCAUUUCCUUUGGGUCAUUUACAGCUUUAUUUCUUUGGAGAUGGUGGUAUUCCAGUAUGUGUAACACUAUGCCACCCUUACAAAAAGAAUUCAUGUUGGUAAGCCAGGAAACAGCAUGGCAUCACUGAUGUCAGUGCAAGUUUUGUCAAAUGCAUCUGUCCUGGUGUUUGUCUAUUCAGUUCUGAGCCCAUGUCAUUAUCUGCGAUUAUUGCUUCAGCAAUGUGUUCUGAUGGAGUAAUUCAGUAGAAUAACCAUUCAGCUGCAUGGCUGGACAACAACAUUUUCAUCCAUUUUCUUUCUCUAGUAUCAGUUGUUAAUCCAUGCUCUUCUUUAAUAAUUAUGGAUCUUACUGAGAAGGCCCUGCAAUUUUCACAUUUUCAGUGGGUGGGAGGUGGGGCAGAGGGACGCAAUCAGAUUACACAAUAUCAUCCACAGAUGGGAGUGCCCAGAGGACAGUGCCUUCAAGUCAAGUUAAACCAAUAGAUGUUUAAGUAUUUCCAGGAUACGUGGCACUGUGGCCAAGUGCUGGGAAAUAGAGAAAAUCAAGGAGCUCAUAUCCUGGUGGAAAUCCUUCUAUGUGGAAAUCUCCUUACAUCUAUAGGAAAUCCCUCAUGCAAGUGAUCCACCAUGACAGUGGCAAACAUGCAGAUUUUGGCAAGUAUCCAUCUCUUUGUUUAUGCCUUACAACAUGAUUGGAGGACUUUUAGAAAGUCAUCUUUGUGAUUGCAUUUACCAGAGAAUCUGGUAUGAUCUUAACUAUGCAUAAGAGCCUCCUUUUGGUGGUGGUGGGGGGUGGGGGAAGAGUUUUUGAGACUCCAUUUUUUUUUUUGUAAUCAGUGAGUAUACGCCAUGGGAUCUUAUAUUCUCUGCAACAUUCAGUCAGUUAAUUGUGUAACUAAGGAUAUUUAUUGUCCGAUGUAGAGAACUUUUGUGAAAGCCUGUUUGUUACAUUUUAAUUGCAAAUAUCUUCAAUAUGCAUGUAAAUCAUUACAGUUGUAUAAGGAUGAGAAAGUAGGCGUGUGGAUUUGUAGCUAUCGGUGUUGUCUCAAGCCUUUUCUGGGCAGUUGGAGGCUAGCGAUCUGGGUUAACUCCAUGACCAUCCAUGUGGUAAGGAUGUACCACAUGUCCUCGGUUUCCAUUUCCUCCCUGCCUUAUAGCAAGUUCCUACAGUGGGAUUACAUUUGGGGCAGAGAAUGGAUGAACACAUUUAGAAGUGUCCUGACCACUCUAGCUAGAAAAUUCUGCCUUUUUUCCCUUAAAUAGAAAACACUUAGCUGGAAGGGGAGGUCAGUAGGUCACCCAGCUUUAUAUUUUUGUGACAUCAAGGGUUUGACAUUUGAUUAAACUCACUGUGAACCCCAGAGUCAGGAAAAUGAGAGUCCACAGUGGCUACAUAGCUGAGGCUAUUCUUGCAACUCUCCUGUUCCUGUUUUCUUCCAAUAAACUCUACUGGACAAACAUGAA